UUUAAGGUCUCUCUAUCUAUCUCGCAACAAGAGACGUAAUUUUGUUUUGUUCUUUUGUGUGGAGAGAGAGCAUCGCACCGAUGGAGAAUGAGUACGAGGUGAAUAGUGUUUCUCUCGAGAUGAUGGAUCGCGACGCGGUGGAGUCAUCGGCGGCUGAAUCUCAGAGCGAGUCUUCGUCUCUCUCUAACUCGCUCGAGUCCGGUCUUAUGGUUGAAAUCUCUCGUGGUGGUGAUGCUGAUUCGAAGAAACUGGAUGAAUGUGGUGGCUGGACGAAUGAGAAACACAACUCGUAUAUUGGUUCUUUGGAGAAAACAUUUGUUAGGCAGUUGUAUUCCUUGCUUGGAAGAGGAGGAGAGACUCAGCCACUGAAUAGAACUCGUGGUGUGCAGUACAAAUUGACUGAUCAGUUUACGGUUCUACAAAAUGGUUACCGGCAGAAGUUGAGCUUUGGGAAUAAACGAGCUCAUAUGGGAACUGCUGUCCAAGGAAACCUAUUGUGCAACGACCAAAUCAGAAGUUCUGGUGACAAGGGUUUUGCUAGAACAUCCAUGAGAGAUUCUUCAGGGCAUGAGUAUCAAGCUCAAACCACUGCAGAGGCGUCAGGGCAGAAUUUCAGAGAAGAAGAAGUAGCAGAAGAGAAGGGAUGCAACUCAGAGGCGUCCAGGAAACGCAGAAGGGGAGCUAAUUUUGAUGAUAGUUCACUGAAUGAUCAGGUUGUGCCUUAAUGGUGAUGAAGCCCGGAACAAUGAUAUAAAGCAAUAGGAAAUGAAGUGUAGAUUAAUUACUAUGAAUAGAGAGAGAGAAAAAUAGGAAGCGUGUGAGUGGGAGAAUGAACGUGGAGGGUUUUGUUUGUUGUAUAGUAUGAUGAGGCUAAAGACAGCCUUGUCGAAUGGGGAUGAAAUUUAGUAUUUUGAUAUAAUUUAGUAGCAUUAUCGUCAUUCCUUCCAUUGCUUUUCAAUCUUUAUUCUUUCUAUUAACUUUCAUUUUCUAGAACAAUGUUUUUGUCGUCAAUUUAUAAACUCUUUCAAUA